AUGGACAAGAUCAGCCCGGCAAAUCCAGACAAGGGAAAUUCAGGCGAGGGUGAUGGUGGUGGCGGAGAGGGCGGUGGCCUCAAAAAUCACCAGGGCGGUGAUGAAGAGUUUAGACCUCUCGAGGAUGAAGAGCCUAGCGACUUUGAAGCUUCCGAGACAUCAACAUCCGAAGACGAGAGCACAGAAAUGUCGAACACCGCUGAUGAAUAA